GAGACCGGCCCCGAGCAAACUCGACGGCGGUGGCGGCACAGCGCGCGCAACUUUUUCGCCGCACGGCAGCGGCGGCCAGACAGUCGGCGGCGGUGCACUGUUCGGGAUUUCUUUCUGACCCCGCUCCGGAGGAGUCUCUCCUUUCGUGCUGCCGCCUGUUUCUCCCGGGAUCAAUCCAGGUACGACGUCGGCAAGACCGGCGGCACAAUGAAGAAGAAGGCACGUCGUCGGAGAUGCACGCGGUGAUUUCUUUCCGCCGAGGAUUAGGCGGCGUGCCGCCGUCGUCCGUAACCUCGUGCCAAGGUGCGCGUCGUCCUCGCGCGCGGAAUGGUGAGCGCCUCGAGGCCCCGGAUUGUUCGAACCACGUCGGCACCCGGAAUCUUGGCGCCGUAACCACGUCUCAUCGUGCACGGAGGCGUCGAAGGGAAGCUCCCUGCAUGAUUCCCGGUGCGAUCGUCUCGAGCGUCGGCCGUCGUGAUGUGAGACGGCGCGCUGGCGUCCGCAUGGCGCUCGACGCGCGCUCCUCGGCGCCGCUGCGCACGGCACUCACGCUGCUGGUCCUCUGCGCACGCGGUGCGACUCCCUCGGCGCUCUCCCUGGGAUCUUGGAUCAACAUGGGCCUGCAGGGCGUGGACGUGCUCCAGAACCCGCAGAUGUACGUGCUGGGCUCGCAGCUGCUGUGCGGCCAGCUCCAGCUCGGCCUGUCCCGGGGUCAAACCAAGCUGUGCCACCUGUACGAGGACCACAUGCCGCACGUGGGCCGUGGCGCCCGCCUGGGCAUCGGAGAGUGCCAGCACCAGUUCAGGCAGCGCCGAUGGAACUGCUCCACCGUCGCUGACAACUCCGUCUUCGGGCCUGUGCUCAACAUACCGAGCCGGGAAGCUGCGUUCGCGCACGCCGUGGCGGCUGCGGGCGUGGUGCACUCUGUGUCCCGGGCGUGCCGCGACGGGCAGCUGGGCAGCUGCGGCUGCUCGAGCGAGCUGCGGCCGGACAACCUGCGCCGGGACUGGAUCUGGGGAGGCUGCGGGGACAACGUGGCGUACGGCUACCGCUUCACCGAGGGCUUCGUCGACGUCCGAGAGCGGGAGCAGAACCACCCGAGGGCCUCGCUCGCUCAGGGACGCAAGCUCAUGAACCUGCACAACAACGAGGCCGGCCGAAGGGCGGUGAUCCGCAAGAUGCGCGUGACGUGCAAGUGCCACGGCGUGUCCGGGUCCUGCUCGCUGGUCACCUGCUGGAAGCAGCUGGCGCCGUUCCGGGAGGUGGGCGACCACCUCAAGGACAAGUACGACUCGGCCACUGAGGUGAAGGUGAACCGCAGGGGAAAACUCCAGGUGCGCCAGCGGCGCUUCAACGUGCCCACGGCCGAGGACCUGGUGUACAUGCAUGAGUCGCCUGACUACUGCGUCUCCAAUGACACCCUGGGCUCGCUGGGCACCGCGGGCAGGCGCUGCAACAAGACCUCUUCGGCCACAGACGGCUGCGGCCUCAUGUGCUGCGGUCGUGGCUACAACAGCCAUAAGCUCAAGCUGCGUGAGCGGUGCAAGUGCAAGUUCCACUGGUGCUGCUACGUCGAGUGCAAGACGUGCGUGAGCGUCGUGGAUGCCCAGACCUGCAAGUAGGCCGAAGUAGGACGCGGGCUGAGACUCCGAGCAGCUAGGACGCUCCUUUCACGGGCGCUGCACGGAUCUCUGUGGAGGCCCCGUCGCUUCAUCACCGUGCCACUAAUGCCCGUCUGGAAAGGAGAUUUCGCUUGAGAGCAAACAUCUUCAGCGUAUGGGUGUUGAGUUCACGAAGCAAGAACGUUGUUUUCUUGACGACUCUACAACGGUGUUCCGUGGACCUGAUUUUCCAGAAAGCCAUCUCCAAUUGACCUCCGGCGGCUGCAGUUGCUUGAUCAUUCCUGUAGGCGGCACUUCCUGUUUCAAUCUUUGAACCUCGUGCAUGCCCUCCCUCAGUGACCCAUCACACGGACUUUCUGACGAACUGAGCGCUUAAUGAUUCGUGGACAUGAUCGAUGUCUUUUACCGGAGAGCCUGCCCGAAAUGCCGCAGCGGUUUCCACCUUACCUUACUGUCCCAGACUGGACCUUCUUGCGUUCAUCUUUAUUUAUUCACUUUGCCGAGUAGGCCCAGGCUACGCCAGAAGAGCGGUGAUUGUUUCCCGUGAGCGUGUGUGAAGCCACGACGAACAUCGGUCUCUACUUCGAGGUUGGUUUGACGAUCAGUCUUUGUGCAAAUUUCGUUUUUGGCCCGUGACACUGACCGGCGUGUAUUCACAUAGUGCGUGCUGAGGCAGUCAGGUGUUUGACCUACAGUGGUAGACAAUCCAAAGACAGCGCAAAUGUGCUCUUCAUCGGGGACGAGGUCUGUAGAACAAAACGAGACUGGUGAAAAAAGCGCACCCCUUUUAUUUCGAAAUGCACGCCAAGCGAGCGACUGCGUCCCCGAAUGAUGGGCGGUGUGAAGAUCUAUGUUCUUUCCCCAUAUACUCGGGCGUGUAAGUAAAGUUGACAGGUAAUGGGCAGUUGCUGCUGAUUUAGAACGGAAGGAAAGGGUACUUGCGGUUGUCGCACUGUGCGAGCCUCAUUAAAUUCUCCAGCGGCAUUUUUAAUUUUAAGCUUCGCGCUCCCAUCGUAGUCUUGUAUAUAAACGUAGAGCUUUUGCAGAGGUUCAUUGAAGUGGAAGCCGGUCUAACCGUUCAUCUCAAUGCCAACCAAGGAAUUCACCACAUUUCUUUGGAAGGAGUUCCCCGUUGUGUUUGAAACUUUCCGACAGUGAAUGUAGCGACAAAAUUUGAAAUACCUCCUCCUUUUCCACUGUGACACAACAAACAAAUAACGGCCUACUUAAUUAAAUUAUCUCGAUGCGCCAUUUAAGAUGUAUUUGUAAUUUCAAUCUCCACCAUUCGAUGAAACGGAGUCUAAUACGUUCUUGAAUUGGAACUUCCCGCAGCGAUCGCUCCCUUGGCCAGUUGCAGGUGUUGACACUGAGACCAGCAUUCCCAGUGAAAUUAAAAGAAGGAUCGCUAUCAAA